GUGUGUGCGCAGGUGAGAUUCACACAUUUUACUUCGAGUCUUUCCUCUCGGGUUCAGGCUGAAUUCAGACAAACAGCUGUCUGUCACCAGAGGACACACAGACAGGUUUGAUUCAGACUCACCUGCACAGGUGUCUGCGCUUUUUAAGGAAAAACAAAAAAAUGACACGACAACAAAACAUCAACCAAAAGGUUUUACUGGCUCUGCUGGUGCUGGUGCCUCUCCUGGUUGUUAUCAUCACCUUCAUUCUGCCGGAUGACAGCAUCACAUUCAUAGCUGAAUGGCGCCGUGAUCUUUCUGAAGGCUUUGGCAGAUCCAGACAGAUCUCCUCUUCCAAACCAUCAGGCGGCUCGUGUUCCUCACAGAAACGCUGCCCAGGCGAUCACAUCAGUUUCUUCAUCCACAGUGGAGCCGCCAACGUCAUGGCUCCAAAGAUCUGCAUCCAGAACAAGAUGGUCCUUGGAUCAGUGAUAAACAACGCUGGAUAUGGAAUAAACAUUGUUGUACUAAAUGGUAAAACAGGGGAAGUCAUAAAGAUCGGUCACUUCGACAUGUACUUCGGGGAGGUGAAACCUCUCCUGGAACUCCUGAAGAGCAUCGAGAACGGUUCUAUUGUCCUGAUGGCGUCUUAUGACGACCCCUCGACAAAGUUAAAUGAAGAUGUGAGGAAGCUGAUUGCUGAGCUGGGAAGCUCUGAGAUCAAGUCCCUGGGCUUCAGAGAUAACUGGGUGUUUGUCGGGGGGAAAGGAGCAGCAGUGAAGAGCAACUUUGAGAAGAUCAUGAAGAACGACAACGCCAAGAAUAAAUACGACAACUGGCCCGAGCUCAUCGAACUGCAAGGAUGCAUCCCGAAGUACCUGGAGUGACCCGGAGUGACCCGGAGUGACCCGGAGUGACCUGGGGUGACCCGGAGUGACCCAGAGUGACCUGGGGUGACCUGGGGUGACCCGGGGUGACCCGGAGUGACCUACUGCGUCCUGAAACCAGGAACCACACCAGGAACACUCAGCAGGGGAAACACACCUGGGAACAGGUGAUAUGAUGAGACUUUGUUGAAAGUAGAAUGUGGACGAAGCAUGAAAACCUGUUAGAGAACUACAGUCUGCUGUGUAAAUUACUGGAUGAUAUAAUGGAAGUGUUACUGAGCCGGCUGAAUGCAGACACAGGUAAAUGUUUCCUCUCCUUGUCCAGGUGUUACAGUUCUAUUGGUCAAUGACACUCCGGAGAACGUGCACGUUACGUCUGAAAGAAUGUCAAGGUUAGAUGGAAAUGUUAGAUUAGUUGGGUGGAGCUGUUCUUUGGAAAAUAAACCGGAAUCAUGUUGACUGUUCUCUUCUGUCCGAGUCUGGAUACAUGUACUGUAAUUCUAUGACGUAUGUAUGACUAAAUGUUUUUAAUUGCUGUAGUAAAGUAAUAAAGGGAUUUUUAAAUGCUUCUGCACAGUUUACAAGUUUGUCAGCAGGUUAUUUUAGCAUGUAUCAGUGACACCUGUCUGACCAGGUGGACAGGUGAAGCUGCUGCUGUUGAAUUAUAAAGACAAUGAUGGAGAAUUAUCAGUUAUUUUUUACUAGAUAUCCAAAAUGCACACGUGUAAAUCAAAUGAAAAACAGAUUUUUCUCAACAAUUAUCAAUGAACUGAACCACUUCAUAAUAAAAACAUUAGCAAUAAUCAAUGCGUAAUCGAUAUUUAGACAAAAUUCAUCAGGAAUAGAGGAUUUUGAGAUGGUCAUUUUUAAAAAAUGU